AAGUGCGUGCUUUCUGGUGCUAUGCAGCAUAAACUGGAGUCAGAGUCAAAAAAAAAUUAUGAACGCCUUUUCAAAAGGCAGGCAGGUCAAAAAGAAAAAAAAAUUGUGAGGCACACGAUGGAAUGGCAUGGGACUAGGGGAGGUGUGUAAAAUGAGAUGAUGACUGCCGGUGCCACCAACCGCGCCAACGAAUCCUCACCAACCAAACCCUCUUCCUCCUAGUUUCUUAUAUAUAAAAUGGCCAGACAGCAUCAUCAGCAAGCUCACCAGUUUCUUCAGAGGAAGCCAUGGCAAGCGCGAUCGGCAGAGUCGCUUCCCUGGAAGCCGUCUUGUUCGACAUCGACGGGACGAUGGCCAUCUCCGACCCCUUCCACCACCGGGCCACCUCCGAGAUGCUCAUCAAGGUGGGCUACAACGAUGGCGUGCCCAUCACGCACGAGUUCGGCAUGACGCACAUGGCCGGCCGGAGCAACGAGCAGAUCGGCCAGUUCCUGUUCCCGGGCUGGGACCAGGGCAGGCUCGAUGCCUUCUUCGCCGAGAAGGAGGCGCUCUUCGCCAGGUACGCCGGCGAGGGGCUCAAGGAGAUCGCCGGCCUGACCGCGCUGUGCCGGUGGGCCAGCGAGCGCGGGCUCAAGCGCGCGGCGGUGACCAACGCGCCCAGGGCCAACGCCGAGCUCAUGAUCUCCAUCCUCGGCCUCUCCGACUUCUUCCAGCUCGUCGUCACCGGCGAGGACUGCGAGCGCUCCAAGCCCUUCCCGGACCCCUACCUCAGGGCGCUCGACCUGCUCGGCGCCUCGCCGGGCCACACCCUCGUCUUCGAGGACUCCCCCAUCGGGGUGCAGGCCGGCGUUGCGGCCGGUAUGCCGGUGAUUGCCAUCGCCGACGAGAGCCGGGAGGGCAAGCUCCUCGCCGUCGGCGCCUCGCUCGUCAUCAGGGACUACAGGGAUCCAAAGCUGUGGGCCGAACUGGGCAAAUUGGACACCACCAGGCCUCGGGAAAGCUGCUGAGGCCAAUGGAGUAGUGCUGCAUAGCAAUAGCAGAGCACGACACUGAAAAUCAAUUUCUUGCUAUAUUUCAUUUCACGCAAAACUGUCAUUAAUGUAUGAUGUACCUUUAAGGUCAUACAAAGUUGCCCGUAGGCCAAGCCGGUAGAAAUAAGCAAGAACAAAAUUGAUA